AUGGCUGCUACGGCAGAGCAGAAGUACGCGCUCAUCAUUCGAAGAUUGCAGGAGGUCUUUGGAGCGGAUUCCAUCAAGGCCAUCCUCGACGAAGGACGUACACCAAAAUGCUACUGGGGGACGGCACCAACUGGCAGACCACAUAUCGGCUACUUCGUGCCAUUAACGAAGAUCGCUGACUUCCUACGAGCUGGAGUUGAGGUUACAAUCCUUCUAGCAGACGUUCAUGCAUUCCUCGACAACCUCAAGGCACCACUCGAACUCGUCGCCUACCGCACAAAUUUCUACAAAUUUGUCCUCUUGACCGUCUUCAAAUCGCUCGGCAUUCCAAUCAACAAAUUGCGCUUCAUCGAGGGCUCAUCCUACCAACUCACGAAGGAGUACAACCUCGACAACUAUCGACUAUGCGCGAUCGUCACGGAGCAUGACGCCAAGAAGGCCGGCGCGGAGGUCGUGAAGCAGGUAGAGAGCCCGCUACUGAGCGGUCUGCUCUACCCGGGUCUGCAAGCGCUGGAUGAGCAGUACCUUGGCUGCGACUUCCAGUUCGGCGGUGUCGACCAGCGCAAGAUCUUCACCUUCGCCGAGCUCUACCUCCCGCGCCUCGGCUACGCAAAGCGCGCACACCUCAUGAACCCGAUGGUACCAGGCCUCGGCGGGGGCAAGAUGUCCUCUUCGGACCCCGACUCGAAAAUCGACUUCCUCGACGCGCCCGACGUCGUGCGGCGCAAGAUCAAGAAGGCCUUCUGCGAGGAGGGCAACACGACCGACAAUGGCGUGCUCGCGUUCGUGAAGGCCGUGCUCAUACCGAUCAGCGAGAUGCGCCUCGAGCGCAUCCACGGCGACACGGGCGCAGACGCGGACGAAGGCGUGGAGGCGCUCGGUGACCAGACGCCCUUUGCGCUCCCCGGUGCACCGGAGGGCACCGUGUUUAGCGUCUUUAGGAAGGAGGAGUACGGUGGCUCGCUGCAUUACCAGAACUUCCUGCAGCUCGAGCAGGACUUUGCGGAGAAGAAGGUACACCCGAAGGAUUUGAAGACGGCGGUGGCGGAUGCGAUCGUGCGCCUGCUCGACCCUGUUCAGAAGGCGUUUGGGGAGAGCGAGGAAUGGCGCAAGGUCGAGCAGCUGGCUUACCCCGAUCUUAAUGCGAAGCCGGAAAAGAAGAAAAAGAAGGAAAAAGUGUACCAUCCGCCUCCACCGGGCAAGGGCAAGAACGCUAAGCCCGCUGCCGAGGAGAAUGCAGACGGCGUGGCGCCACCCGGAGCAGCUCAUUCUGCAGCAGAAGCUGCGAAACAGCAGGAGGCAUCAUCUUGA